GAAAAGUUUUAUGUGCAGUCACGUGACGGCAGCCAUUAUCUUUAUUUGAGAUUUUCUUUUGGCGCGUUUGCAUAAUAAUUAUAGUUCAGCGGAUGAAGCUUUCGAGUGAAUGCAUAUCGUAAAUUGUAGUCUAAAUUAUCAUACUUACACGUAAUAAUGGCUGGUGGAAAAGCUGGUAAAGAUUCUGGUAAAUCUAAGGCAAAAGCCGUAUCAAGAUCCGCCCGUGCUGGAUUACAGUUCCCUGUUGGCAGAAUACAUAGACAUCUGAAAAAUCGGACGACUAGCCAUGGCCGAGUAGGUGCUACAGCUGCAGUUUAUAGUGCUGCGAUUUUGGAAUAUUUGACAGCUGAGGUUUUAGAAUUGGCGGGUAAUGCGUCUAAAGAUUUGAAAGUAAAGAGAAUUACACCAAGACAUUUACAGUUGGCUAUCAGAGGAGAUGAAGAAUUGGACAGUCUCAUCAAAGCUACUAUUGCCGGAGGAGGUGUCAUACCCCAUAUUCACAAGUCAUUGAUUGGUAAAAAAGGAUCCCAAAAACCAGCGUAAAAUGAUGUGUUUUGUUUUCUGACGGAUAAUUUAAUUGUAAUUUUUUUAUGUUUGUACUUUAGUGUGUUUCUUUUUUCUAUUUUAUGCUGAAAAUAUUCCUUUCCCAUCAGUACGAUUUAGAGCAUUUUGUUUAUUGUUGUUGAGAGAUUCCAGUUACACGAUCUCUGAUUAAAACUUACUUGCAUUAUUUUUAUUUCUAAUUGCAUUGUGUUCAAAUUGCUUCGGCAUUGAUAUGUUUCAUGUGAGGGAUUUUUUUUUUACUAUUUAAGAGUAUGAAAUAUAUUUGUGUUAAAGUGUAAUUUUAUAAAUAAUUAAAAUUUCGAGUCCA